AAUCUCACCCCCAUUAUCCUUUCUCUCUCCUCCCGACACUACUGCUUUUGUUGUCCCAACUACGCGUUUUGCGUUCCUGAAUUCGCCGCCCAUUUUUAAUUCUUCCCACAAAACAACAAAUUAUGCUGUCUUUUGGAAAUUGCUCUUCAUCUUCCUCCUUUACCGAUUCGUAGACAAUUUCUCUCAAUCUAUCCGUUUAUGGUGGGGGCCUGAUUGCGUAGGAAAGGUUAGCCACCCAAUUCACUUAAUUUCUUAAGUCUCUUUCAAAAACUGUUAUGAUUCUAUCUUACUAAAUUUAUUUGACUUAAUCACAUCCAAUUUGAACUGUUCUUCUGUCGCUUUCCUUGUACAACUUCAAUCAAUCAAUAUAUGUUUGAAAUUUUAUACCAUUUUUGCAUUUUACUUGCUCCACAUUCACAUUCAAAUAAAUUUGAGAAUUACACAGAUCGGAUUUGAGUUGAUUUUUUUUUUUUUUUUUGGGUAUUUAGUUUAUUUUGUCAAUUGGGUAUUCGGUGUAGUGUUUAAGGUUGAGAUUUGAAGAAACUCAAAAACUACCCAGUUCGAAUUUUGUUGAUUUGAGUUGAUUUUUGGGCUGACAAGCUGGUUUUGUAAAUUCGGGGUAUUCGUUGUUUUGUUGUUUGGAGGUUGAAAUUUGAAGUAAUUCGAAAACUACCCAGUUUGCAUUUUGUUGAUUUGACUUGAUUUUGGGGUUGAAGAGCUGAUUUUUGGUGAACUGGGUAUUCGUCAGAUUGUUAUUCGAGGUUGGUAUAUAAAGUAAUCAUGUAUAUUGGGAAGUUCAAAAUUAGCGUCUGGGUGGUGUUUGCUAUGUGUUUGAUAAAAUGCUCCUUAGAGUUUGACCCAGCUGAUAAUCGUCUCAUAAAUUGUGGAUCAUCCACUAAUGUUUCAGUUGGUGGUCGAGUUUUCUUGGGUGAUUCUAGCUUGAAUUCCAGUGUUGUUCUUUCAACCUCUCCAAAAAUUCCGGCUAACACAAGCUCAAAUUCAAUCCCAUCUUCAUAUCCAUCAGAUCUGUAUAAAACUGCCCAAAUCUUUUCUGGAAAUUCCAACUAUACUUUCUCUGUCUCAAAACAUGGCCGCCACUGGAUUCGCCUUCAUUUCUUUCCAUUUGCAUACCAGAACAAUAAUAUGAGCCAUGCUAGUUUUUCAGUGUCAGUUCAGGAUUUCAUACUUUUGAGGAAUUUCCGAACAGAUAUUCCUGUGGUUAAAGAGUAUUCUUUGAACGUAACAUCAGAUAAGCUUGUUCUUUAUAUCACCCCAUCACCUGGAUCCUUUGCAUUCUUAAAUGCCUUGGAACUUGUUUCUGUGCCUGAUGAACUCAUCCCUCAUAGUGUCAAAACCGUUGAAUCUACUGGUUCGUAUGAAAACCUCGUGCACCAAGCUUUGCAGACCGUCUUCAGGGUUAAUAUGGGGAAUGCUGCAGUUAACCCUCAAAACGAUACCCUCUCUCGGCAUUGGGUUCCUGACGGUUCCUUCCUAAAUACCCCUAAUCUUGUACAGUUUGUGUCGAAAGUACAAGCAGUUAAUUAUUCAGAAGGUGGUCCAACCCGAGAAAUUGCUCCUCCUUCAGUCUAUGGAACAGCCAGUAAGUUGAACAGUGAGAACGACCCUACUUUGAAUGUCAAUAUAACUUGGAAUUUCAAUGUUGAUCCGGGUUUCAGAUAUCUGGUUCGAUUUCAUUUCUGUGAUAUAGUUAGCAAGUCACUGGGUCAGAUGAUGUUUAAUGUUUAUAUCAAUUCCUGGUAUGCUUCUAAACAUCUUGAUCUUAGUAACCAAACAUCAAAUAAGUUGGCUACUCCUUAUUAUCUAGAUGUUGUGAUGAAAGAAACUCAUAGUAGUUCACUUACUGUGAGUGUUGGGACUGCUACUGAUGCUACUUCUUACCCCAAUGCUAUGCUUAAUGGGCUUGAGAUCAUGAAAAUUAGUAAUGUUAAGGGUUUUCUUGAUGUUGAUCCUGCGUCUUUGAAGUCAGGUGCUAAGAUCAAGACUGGUUUGAUAGUAGGUAUAUCUGUUGGGGUUGUGUUCAUCAUUAUGAUUUUUGCUUUAGCUUUCUUCCUGGUGAUCAGAAGAAGGAAGAGGACACAUUCCAAUGCAAACGGGAACAAAUUGGAUGGAGCUUCUGAAUAUGGUUAUCGUUUCUCUCUUGCUGCCAUUCGGAAGGCUACUGAUAACUUCAAUGAAAGCCUGAUCAUCGGAGUUGGAGGUUUUGGGAAAGUGUUCAAAGGAGUGUUAGAUGAUAAUAGAGAAGUUGCUAUUAAGAGGGGAAAUCCCGAUUCCCAACAGGGCAUCAACGAAUUUCAGACUGAAAUUGAAAUGCUAUCACACUUCCGUCAUCGCCAUUUGGUGGCUCUCAUUGGGUACUGUGACGAGCAGAGUGAGAUGAUAUUGUUGUAUGAGUACAUGGAAAAUGGGACACUUAAAAGCCACUUGUAUGGGUCAGAUAAUCCUAUCUUGAGUUGGAAAAAAAGACUUGAGAUAUGCAUUGGCUCGGCCAGAGGCCUUUACUAUCUUCAUACAGGUUCUGCAAAGCCUAUCAUCCAUCGCGAUGUUAAGUCAGCAAAUAUACUGCUAGAUGAGAACCUCAUGGCUAAAGUUGCAGAUUUUGGUCUAUCAAAAACUGGUCCUGAUCUUGAUCAUACGCACGUAAGCACGGCAGUGAAAGGAAGUUUCGGUUACUUAGAUCCGGAGUAUCUGAUAAGACAACAGUUGACUGAAAAAUCAGAUGUUUACUCCUUUGGUGUUGUCUUAUACGAGGUCCUUUGCGGGAGGCCUGUAAUCGACCCAUCCCUUCCUCGUGAGAUGGUUAAUCUGGUCGAAUGGGCAACCAAGCAACAGAAGAAAGGGGGGUUGGAGAAGAUUAUUGAUCCAAAUCUUGCUGGUCAAAUGAAACCCGAGUCUUUGAGGAAGUUUCUAGAAACAGCUGAAAAAUGCUUGGCUGAAUGUGGUCUUGAUCGCCCCACGAUGGGAGAGGUGUUGUGGAAUUUGGAAAAUGCGCUGCAAUUACAGGAAGAUGAAGCCUCAUCACAAGAUAGUGAUGAUGUUUCUUUGCGAACUGAUGAAGGUCGACCAUUGCAAAGUCUCUCUUCCACCAGGCAAUACAGCAUGGGAAGUGCAGGAGAUAUUGUCGACAUUUCGAUGAAUACAGUUUUCUCACAAAUGAGAAAUGGAACUAUGAGGUAAUAGCUACUUGUAUGUCACUGCCAUCCAGUGUUUAGAUGGUGAGAUUGGUGUCUUGAAAUUAGUUAAAGACCAGGUGUUCAUUUGUUGUUGUACAGAGAAUUUGGUUUGGUUUAAUUCAUUCUUUUAUAUUCUUUUUUGUAUGAGCCAAUACUUUAGAGUUGUUGCUUGUUGGUUUAA